AUGUCUGUGUUUUUAGGUACUUCAGCACAAUAUUCAUUAGCUACUAUUGAUCCAGAAAAGAUCAAAUUGGCAGAAAUUCAGUUUUCUUCAAUGGCUCAUACUUUUAAUAAAUUAUUAAGAACUUGUGAAUUAAAAUGUUUAGUACAUCAUUAUGGUGAAGGUGAAUUGACAAAAGGAGAAAGUGAGUGUAUAGAUAGAUGUGUUUCAAAAUAUGUUAAAGCAAAUUUGGUGGUUGGUGAACAUUUUCAAAGUUUAAGAGUUGAUCCAUUUAGAUCUAUGCCAGAAUAUAAAUAUAUAAAUAAUAAAUUACAAGAUAUACAGUGA